CAAAAGAUCGGCAGUUGGAACCCACCAGGUGCUCCUUGGAAACCCUAUCGGGCAGUUCUACUCUGACCUAUAGGGUCACUAUGAGUCAGAAUCGACUUGAUGGCAAUGGGUUUUAUAUAUCGUUUUAACUCUUUUAAUGAGUGUGUAGAAGAAUUUUUACAGAAACAACAAACAUCUUUGGAAACAAACAUGCCAUGAUGUUAGCAGUCAUGGAUGCUGAAUCGUAGAACUAAGAAUGACUGUCACUUUCUUUUAAUUUCUGGGGGGAAAAUGAUUUAACUGUGUAAUAUUUCUGAAUCCAGUUCGCUCAUUGCUUGUUGAUUGCCAGUGAUAUACCAGGGUCAGGCUGUGCCACACAGAGGGAACGCCCAAGGUAUGCUGUCUGCCCGGGGGCUGUGAGACAGCAAAGCACCUUGCGGGAUGUCUGUGUGUCUCUCUGUCUGUCUAGGAGGCACUGGAAUUCAGAGAAGAUCCACAUCACCCGGGUAGUAUCCAUUUGAGCUGAGCCUUGAAAGUCGGUCGUGUUGCUUUGGGUGUAAAUGGCUAGGAGAACUCCCUGGAAGAAGACCCCCAGAACAGAGGGAGCCAGGCAGGGGGUGACGUGUCAGCUGGAACUCGGCACAUGCAUGGGACAGUAACUCACGAUGAGACAGUAAAUGAAGCAAGAACUUAAAAAAUAAUGAAGAUGGUUUUAAGCCAGAAUGCCUCAGCGAUCAGACCUCUUAACUUGUAUCCCUGGGUAUACAUCAGCCUUGUGUUUGGUGCUUCACUUGCUUUGCCUGAUAAAGCUUGCACUUUUAAGGUGGCGCUGCAGAACUUCCAGACGAUCUUCUCAUGGGAAUUAAAAAACCAUUCCAUUGUCCCAACUCACUAUACGUUGUGGUACACAAUCAUGAGUAAAUACGAAGACAUGAAGAUCGUAGAGGACUGUACAAAUAUCACGAGACUAUUUUGUGACCUAACGGGUUUGUGGGACAACAUGCCUGAGACCUACAUCCCAAGAGUCGUGGGGUUCAAAGGCAACACAGUGCUGGUCAGCUGUAUAGACAGUGUCUUCCUGCCCAUGAACAUGACCUUGGAACCACCGGACUUUGAGAUUGUGGGCUCUGCGGACCACAUUAAUGUGAUAGUGAAAUUUCCAUCCCGCGCUCCCAAGACGAUAGAUGUAGAAAGGUUACAGCAUCAUUUUUACCUCAUCAUUGAACAGCGAUCAGAGGAGAUGGUGAAGAAGCAUAAACCCAGAAUAAAUGGAAACAUCACUGGAGAUUUCAUUUAUGUCAUGGACAAGUUAAUUCCAAACACAAACUACUGUGUAUCUAUCUAUUUUGAACCAAAAAAUCUGGGAACAAUAACAAAAUCCCCCCUAAAAUGUGCCCUCCUUCCUGGCCAGGAACCAGAGUCAUCAGAAUCUGCCAAAAUAGGAGGAAUAAUCACUGCGUUUUUAAUAGCAACUGUCUUCAUAAGCAGCGUAGUAACACUGAAACGGACUGGUUAUCUAUGCCUAAGACUUGAUCUCCCCAGUGCUUUGAAUUUUUCUAACAGGCCAACCCGGAUUUUUCUGGAGCUGCCACCACUGGAAGCCGUGGAUACAGUGGAGGUCAUUUACGUCAGCCGAAAGAAGAAAGUGUGGGACUACAAUUAUGACGAGAGUGACAGCGAGGAAGAAGCCACCCCGACAACAAGUGCUGGCGGUUACACCAGGCAUGGACUAAUCCUCCAGCCCCUGACGCAGGCCUCCACCUCCUCGCCCGACUCUGAGGAGUCACAGUUCACAGACCCAGAUGUGGAUGAACCUGACCUGCCAGAAGACGAGGCCGAGCCCCUACUGGUGCCAGGGCCCAGGGCCGAGCAGUCGGAACCCGCAAGUGGACCCUGUGAAAGGAGAGCGAGUCCGCUGCAGGACCCCUUUUCCAAGAAGGACAGCAGCGCCACCGAGGGGUCUGAGGACAGGAUAAUCUUCAAUGUGAAUUUAAACUCUGUGUUUGUGCAGGCCCUCGAUGAUGAUGGAGACGUCUCUCCAAUGCUUCCAGAAGAGACAGUUGACCUAGAGGACCCCAGUGAGAUGGAAUCAAGCUUUCUGAUCGCCAGGGAGGACGGGAUGCCACCGCCCUUCCCCAGCCCCUCGGAGGAGUGCCUAGGGUCUGAAGAUGCUUCUUCGGAGGAAAGCGACACUUCUGAGUCGGAUGCUGACAUCAGGGACGGUUAUAUAAUGAGAUGAUUCUAAAACUGUUUAACUGGAACUGACAAGUAGCUGUCACAGCGCUCUCCGUUCUUGCCCGCCUCCUCGCCCAUUUGUGGCCUCGAAGUGUUCUCCAAGGGAAGGGGUAGAAAACUGUAGAAUCGGGUCAGUUCUUGCCUGUAACAUCAUCUAUGCAGACUCCCAGUGUGGGAUACAUGGUAGCAUUCAGUGCAUUGUUUACAUGUUCAGAGUGAUACACUUGGAACGGAAAUUUCCCUACCAAUUCCCUUUGCUCUCCUGUACUUACAAUGUAUCUGUGUGAGGGCUGCCAGGGUAAGGAGCAAGUCUCCCUGUGCUUUGCAGGGUGGGCCAGGGCCAUGUGCUAUUUCCAGGAAGUAGUUAAAUGGGGCAAGGGUGGGAGCCAGGAGAAAAAAGGAAAAAUCCAGCAGGUUUCACACGGCAGGAGCGGCCAGCAGUGCUUAGUAAGUGGAGUCCCCCCCAGCUGUGUGUCCCAGCAGGCUCCAGGGGAGUGCAGCAAAGGGGCAGACAAAGAGGUGACGAGGGAGGACCUCCGGAGAGCCGAGGAGGCGACACGUGAGGGAACAGGCACAGGCACGUGGCGGGGGCAGGGCGGUCCAGCGGCGGGGGCAGGGCGGUCCAGCGGUGAUUGGUUCUGUGACUAAUCUUUGGGCUGCCCCCAAUGUCUUCUGCCUCCUCCACUCUGGGAUUUGGGCUCAGACCCCUGUUCCCGCCCUCCUGAAGUCGAGUGGGGAAGCCAGACACACACAUACACAAGUAACUCUACUGCUAGGCAGGUGGCACACGGGAAGCAUCCAGAUAGGGGAGAGGAAUGGAACCUCAGCGCCCUAUUUUAAGACUAAAAUAGAGUCAUGGACCACGACAACCACAGCCCCCACCAGACUGAGUCCAGCACAACUAGAUGGUGCCCGGCUACCACCACUGACUGCUCUGACAGGGAUCACAACCGACGGUCCUCCACAGAGCUGGAGAAAAAUG